GCAUCCAUCAACGCCACAACAACGCCUUCGAGGCUUCAUCACAUUUUCUACUUUUAAGGUACCAUUUAGCAUCAGUAGGAAGCAACAAAGCGCAUCCAAUAUGGCGGUAAAAUUACUUUUAAUAGGCCUUUUUGUGGCCGCCUGUAUUCAGGUUUCUUUGUCGUCGCUUUCAAUGACGGCCGUUUCGAGCAUGACGCUUCCUUGGAACAUCGUACCAAGAGGAGGAGGUAGGACGGAACCCCAAUAUGGUCUAAACAGAGGUGCGGCCGAGAAGACUGCACUCGACGUAGAUAACAUGGUCGCCUACACGGGAGGGCAUAACCUCUUGCAUGUUAUCAACUUCACCGACGUCGUAAGACCCAGGAUCGUGAGGUCGUUACGCGUUCUAGACCCUAUCAUAGACAUCGCAGAAUGUGGCAACCUGGUAGCCUUCACGAGUCGACCUAGGCGAAGUCGCACUGAUCCAGGCAUGGUACACAUCUACCAGAAGUACCCGGUCUUCGGCAGCCUGUGUAACUUAACAGUUGGAAGCAACCCUAAGAGUCUGAAAUUCGACUACAAGUGCGACACCAUCAUCAUCGCCAACGAGGGACCAGCAGCAGAGAACGUUGAGCAGGAGGUCUUUGUGAACCCAGAAGGCACCGUCAGUGUGGUACGCAUUAACAACACAUUCGUCAACCCUGCCUUGUCCAUGUGUCAACCUAUGCCGUACGGAUCGGACGUCAGGCACAUUGACUUCCGACUCUUCAACGAUCCUGCACUAGCACCUCUGAUGGAACAGCAGUUUAUCCGCAACCCAUACAAAGGUCAGAUGGAUGGAGAGCAACAUACAUUCUCUAUGAACGUUGAACCUGAAUAUGUCACGCUUGAUCCAUGGCAACCAACAGCUUGGGUCACCCUUCAGGAAAAUAAUGCUAUUGCCGAGGUAUGGUACGAAAACAUGACUGCCAUCAUUCAUCCUCUAGGACUCAAGAACUGGACCAAUUAUGGCAUCGAUGCCAGCACUAUGGACGCUAAGACAAGACAAAAUGAACCAAGGCGAGGAAUCAAGUUUAAUCGUUAUCCGAUCGAAAGCUUACUUCAAGCAGAUGCCGUUGAAAUGAUGGAUAUUAACGGUGAGGUGUUCCUAAUCACAGCCAAUGAGGGCGCCCCAUUAAAUUACGUAUGCCAAAGUUGCGAGGUGGAAACUGAAUACACGGAGAUGGAAGAGGCGGCAGAACUAGCCGGAGAUUAUUUAAUUUCUGAACGUGUAGCUCCCGAAGUAAGAAGAGCGAUGACUGAUCCAGCCCGACUCGGUCAGCUGCGUAUCAGUUUAGUCGAUGGUCUCCAGGAACAAGGAUCAGAGAUGAUUGACAGACCAGUCUUCUUCGGUGGGCGUGGUAUCUCGAUGUUCAAAGUAAACCCCUAUGGGUUGGACUUGGUGUGGGACAGUGGCGAUUCAAUCUCCAAGGGGGUGCAAGACUUACACCCCAACGCUUUCAACCAUCCACCCUUCGGAAACCAAGAGGUCAUGGAGCAAUUAGUUAUCCCUAGUAACCUCAUUAACAGACGAUGGGAUAGUUGGUCUCCCUUCAUGGGACCCGAAUGCCAGUCGCUUGCAAUUGGUCAAUACAACAUGACCCACAAGGUGAUCAUCGUCGGCAUCAAAGGUGCGAACGCCCUGGGUAUUUUCACCGUGCCUCUCUUAGGUAACUAUACUCAGCCGAACUUCGAAUCUGUCUACAGGGACGGGGAUAUUCGCGGCAAUGUGAUGAAGAGCUACAACCAGAUCUACCGCGCUGACGUUCUAAAGCCGGUCGGUGACCACGGCAUCGGCAAUCUAGACCCGGAUUCAAUUCAGUUUGUCCCCGCUGAUAGGAGCCGUAGUCGCCCCCCUAUGGUGUUGGUUACCAGUAGAGUGAGUGGCACCGUCAACCUUUAUAGAAUUUCUGAAGUUCCAAGGGCUCAGCUCCUCAGACAACAGAGAACUUCUCUUGAUGGAGGCGUCGGAUGCAUAGCGCCCUCUACGACAUUGUCAUUGUUGUUCUCAAUCCUGACUCUUCUGUACGUCACAUUACGUCACUAAACCUCACAACUGUAUGCUCAGAAUAUACUGAUCACGUGAUUAUUGAUUCUUUAACACUUGUGAAACAGUCAUUCCACAUUUGUG